GUAAAAGUAAAUAGAGAGAUAUUAAAUUCUCAGGAAAAAGAAAUUGUAUAUGAGAAUAAAUAUGUACCUCAUACGAUAGCUGUUCUAGUUGCUCUUGGAAUUCAAACAUCUUUUCAUAAUAUGAAGAGACUGAAAGUUUUUCGUUUUAGACCAUAUCUUCCAAUAUCUUUUGGAAUAAUAACAUCUUGUUCAUUUUUAUAUGUGCAUAACCUAUAUAUGAGUCGUAAAACUAUUAGUAACUUAAUUCACCUAUAUUUAAUGUCCUCAAACGAAAAGGGAGUAUCCAAUAAAAUCGAUCAAAUAUAUAAAACAGAAGAACCUAGUGAUUAUUUAUAUUUAACAAGAAAUAUUUCAUGA